ACAAUUGUUCUCUUCUUUCUUCUCAACUGUUUUUGAAUCCAGUCAUUAAAUACCACAGGACCUUUGUCUUUCAAUUUCUCCCAUAUUUAAUGUAAGAUCGGACUUGGAACUCUUAAGCGUUUUCACUAAGGAAGAAAAAUGGAAGUACUCAGCAGAGAUGAAGCGCAUGAAAAAACACAGGAGUACGAUCGGAUGCGCGAGAUAAAGGAUUUCGAUGAAUCAAUGGCAGGUGUCAAGGGCCUUGUUGAUGCUGGGAUUACAGAAGUUCCUCGCAUUUUCGUAGAUCACCCGGAGAACCUGCAAAGUGCACUGGCAUCGAGCAACGGCCACUUCCAUGUUCCUAUAGUUGACCUCGCAGAUAUUGUGAAAGAUCCAUCUCGGCGCAAGGAGGUUGUAAAUGAAGUUCGAAGUGCAUCCAAAACAUGGGGCUUCUUUCAGGUGGUGAAUCACGGGAUCCCCACGACUGUUCUGGAGGAGAUGCUGGAUGGAGUGCACCGUUUCCAUGAGCAAGGUGCUGAAGAGAAGAGACGGUUCUAUUCGCGAGAUUUCACGACAAGUGUCGCCUACCACAGCAAUUUCAAUCUGUAUAAAACAGAGGCGGCUAACUGGAGGGACACCCUGUUCUGUGUUAUGGCACCUAAUGCUCUCAAGGCAGAGGACUUGCCAGCGGUAUGCGGUGACAUAAUGCUGGAAAUCUCGAAGCGAGUGAUGAAUUUGGGAACCACCUUGUUCGAACUACUGUCGGAGGCGCUGGGGUUGAAGCCGAACCAUCUGAAGGACAUGGAGUGCGCCAAGGGACUCGUCCUUCUGAACCAGUACUACCCCAAAUGCCCACAACCAGAGCUCACUAUGGGGACCAGCAGGCACACAGACAGCGACUUCCUCACCGUGCUCCUGCAAGACCAUGUCGGAGGCCUCCAAGUUCUUUAUCAGAAUCAGUGGAUCGAUGUGAGCCCCGUGCCAGGAGCACUGAUAGUUAACAUCGGUGAUCUGCUUCAGCUUAUCUCAAAUGACAUAUUCAAGAGCUCCGAGCACAGAGUUGUGGCGAACAACAUGGGGCCAAGAGUGUCUGUGGCGUGCUUCUUUUACACGGCAACGCCGCCAUCACCAAAACUGUAUGGACCCAUUAAGGAGUUGAUUUCCGAGGGCGAUCCACCAAAGUACAGAGAAACCACCAUCAUGGAGUACGUUUCCCACUUCAGCGCGAAUGCGAAAGGCGAUGGGACUUCAGCUCUGCAGCAGUUCAAGCUGUGAGUUUGGCAGUGGCAAAAAUCUGGUGCUACAAAUUGGAAAGGGAAUGCCUACAUUAGCAGAAGUUAAACCUGAGCGUCCUACAAGUUUGCUGGCUAGUUUAUUACUUUUCAUUAUUCAUAUUAUGUCUUAGCAGAAAUUAAACCCGAGCAUUAUAUGAGUUUGCUGGUUAGUGUAUUACUUUUCAUUAUUCAUAUUAUGUCUUAGCUUUGAUAUGCAAAGAGACUUCAUCAUUUGACUAUGUCAUACGAUCGAGCCACUUGGUGUAAGUACUUUAGAGACUAUACUCAAUAUACCCAAAUAUUCAUAGCA